GUUUCUUCUUCACGUUUUUAAACUGCGUCAGUUUGUGUAGGAGCACCGGAAGUGAACGAGAUGCUGCAGGCCGGAAAUCAAAGCUGUUAGCCUCUCUGGAAGCUAACAGCUAACAGCUCCAAAACACACUCAGCUGUUAGCAUGCUAGCAUGUUAGCUUAGCUCAGCUUAGCAGCGAGCCAACUGUUAAAGUGCAGAACAGUAGUGGAAGAAGUACUCAGAUACUUUACUGCAGUAGUGUACAUGAUGUCCAGGGAGCAGGUGAGUAUCAGUGAGCUCCUGCUCUCAUUGGACAGUUCAGAGCUGCAGGAGGCGGAGCAAGUCAGAGCCGCAGUCAACCAGCAGCUGAGUUCAGACAGAGGAGGCGCUGUGCUCUGCAGUCUGGUGGAUUAUUACCUGGACUGUUCGUCCUCGCAGGCGCUGCUGCUCCUCUCCUCCGUCAGAGAGGCUCAUCACAAGCCCCUCCUGGAGAAGCUGAAUGAGUCUCUGUGCAGACCGGCGAGCCGUCUGGCUGCUCUCACCCUGCUGGGUCACCUGAUCAGGAAACAGCCUCCCUGGGUUCAUCACAUCAGCCGCUCGACACUGCUGCCCUCGCUGCUGCGCUGCCUCAAGACAGACAGCGAUGUGGUGGUCCUGAUCACUGGAGUCCUGGUCCUCAUCACUCUGUUACCCAUGAUCCCUCAGGCCGGCAAGCAACACAUCUACGACUUCUUUGACGUGUUCGGACGCCUCGCAGGCUGGAGCCUCAAAAACCCCGGUCAUGUACCUGUCGUCCACCUGGUCCACCUGCAGGCCAGCGUGUACUCUCUGUUCCACCGGCUCUAUGGGAUGUUCCCCUGCAACUUUAUCUCCUACCUGAGACUCCACUACAGCAUGAAGGAGAACCUGGACACCUUCCAGGAGGUCGUCAAGCCGAUGUUGGAACAUGUCCGGGUUCAUCCAGAGUUGGUCACGGGGACUCAGGACUAUGAACUGGAUCCGUCCAGGUGGAGGUGUUAUGAAGUCCAUGAUAUUGUGAUCGAGUGCUCCCGAGUGUCUCUGGAUCCUCUCGAGUCGUCCUGUGAGGAGGACGCUUUCUCGUCCCUCAAAGACCUCCCCCCCUCCUCACCCAGAGCCCCCCCUCCGCCCUCCCCCCUCCCUCACCUGGACCUCACCUGCAGUCCCUUCACCACAGAGACUGUCUUUCCUCCAUCGUCUGGAUGUCUGACCCCGUCUCUGCCUCAACUGACACUCAACAUCUCCUACAUACAGGCUGAUGAUGACACAUGGAGCCCCUCCUUAGAGUGCGGUUUGUCGACGCCCCCUCCUGAACCUGCUGCUGUAAGCUCCGCCCACCCCCUGAGUAGGACCGCCUCCAUCUCAGGUGUGAAAUGUCCCUCAUCAGCCACCGUCCCUGUAACCCCACUGACUGAAGAGGACCCAAACGGCGGCCUGCCUCCUGACAACAACAACCAGGUGAAGCAGCAGCAGCCAAUCACAGAGCCAGAGGGGUCAGCCAUUCAGCCAAUCACAGAGAAGGAGAAGAGAGGGCAGAGUGACGUCAUCAUCUACAACAGCAGUGAAGAGUCCCAGCAGCCUUCCUCCUCUUCCUCCUCCUCCUCUUCCUCUCAGCCCGUCCUCCUCACCUCCACACCCACUCCCCUCCUCCCCCCUCCUCCUCCCCGCUCCCUCUCUCUCUGCUUCACCCCCCCUCACCCCUCCACCACCACCACCACCACCACACACAGACCAGUGGAGGGAGGCUCCGCCCUGCUAGGCCCCGCCCACCUGGAUCAGAGCCCCGCCCCUCCGUACGACACCCUGUUUGAGCUGGCGCUGCCCCGAGCCGCCACGCUGUUCCUGGGGAAGAAGACACAGGAGGUGCUGGAGAGAGCGUCGCAGGAGCAGGAGAAGGGGGGAGGAGGAGGAGGAGGAGGAGGAGGAGGAGGAGAAGGGGAGGACAGGGAGGAGGAGCUGACCUCCGUCUCUCCUCUGGAGGUGUUGGAUCAGCUGAUCAUCCACGGCCACGACGCCCACGACCACCUCAGCAGGAGGUUGUCUGUGGUGAAUAAGUCGUUGGAUCGGAGUCAUUUUGGAGGUAAACAGCAGAGCAUGAGAACCAAAGGCCCCGCCCAGGGGGAGGAGCUUCAGGCUCUGAGGAGCGAGUUGUUGCUGGUCCACAGUCAGCUGCAGUAUGAGCGUUUCAAACGUCAGCAGCACGCCGUCAGGAACCGCCGCCUGCUGCGGAGAGUCAUCAACGCCACAGCGCUGGAGGAGCAAACCGUCGCCAUGAAGGCCCAGCUGGGCGUGCAGGACGAGGAGAUCCGCUCUCUGAAGAUGAGUCUGGAGGAAGAGCAGAGACGAUACACUGAGCUGCAGCAGGACACACACACACACACCACACAGCUGCACACACACAUCCAACAACUGCUGCUGCAGCAACAAGACGGACAGAGAGACAACCAGAGACUGCAGAGCGAGCUGCAGGAAUGUCAGAGCAGGCUGAGAGAUGUGGAGGCGGAGCUUCAGAAAGCCAAUAACAAGGCUUACAACGCAGAACACCAGCUGACCGAGCUGUCACUCAAGCUGUGCAGCAGCGAACAGCUGCAGCAGCAGAUCUUCAUGUUGAACCAGCAGCUCGUCCUGCUGAGAGAAACGAACAGAACCCUGACGGAACAGCUGGAGGGAGGAGAGAGAGACUGCAGCACCGAGGCGUCCAUGCUGCAGUGCAGUGUGGGUAGGGAGUACCAGCGGCUGAAGGACAGCGACGUCCAGCAGAGACAGAAGCUGGAAGCAGCCAAUCACAGGAUAGCAGAGCUGGAGAACCAGCUGGCCAAGAAGGACCAGCUGAUCCUGGAGCAGAAGAAGCUUCUGGAGGACACCAAGAACCACAGCAGGGCGGAGCUGUCGGCCUGCGAGAGUCGCUGCGUCGCUCUGAGGAGAGUCACUCAGAGUCUGCAGACUGAGAUGCUUCACCUGUACAGCCAGAUCCACCUGGACACACACGCACACACCGACACACACACUCACAGCCAGCCUCAGGACGUCUGCAGCAGGCCAAACGGCGGCAGCGAGGCCUUACCUGUCGCUCAGGACAUCCACAAGCCCCGCCGCCCCUCUUCUUCUUCUGUUGGUAUAAUAAACGGAGGAGUGGCGGCGCUCUCCACCUCCCCGCUGCACCUCCCCUCCUGCUCUUCCUCCCCCCUCUCCCUCUCCCCCAUCGACUCCCCCCUGGCCGCCGGCUCCUUCCUGGAGCAGCGAGCGCGGCAGCUGUUCAGACCGGCCAAUCACAGCCAGGAUGAAGAGAUGGAGCAGCAGGAUGAGGAGGAAGAGGAAGAGGAGGAAGAAGCCCAGCAAGGGAGCCCCCCUCUGGAUAAGGAGGCGGAGGAGGCCACCCUCCUCGCAGGAGGCCCCCAGACGGAGCCUCCGAGCCGGGCUUCGGCUCCCAGCCUACCUGAAGCUCCAGCCCCGCCCCCGGACCUGACGCUCGCCGUCCGACAGCGGAGACACGAGCUGAGCAUCAUGGACUACGACGAGAUGCUGCCUGAGUACUGACGGGGGGAGCAGGCUGACGCUAACUGACUCACAGUAUCUCUGAUCUUUCUCAUUAGCACGUCAGGACCUUCUGUCGCUCUUAUUAAGAAAGAAAAUAAACGAUAUUUUUAAACAGAUGCACCUUUCUGAAACUAAAAACUUUAUCCGUGUACAGCUCGCAACCCAAACUAAAAACCAAAUCAAAGCACUUGCGUCCACACUAAUAGUGUUUCCAGGUAGUUUUAGUAGAAACCUGCUCACACAGAAACACCUGAACAUUUCAACAACUGUUUAAUCUCUUCGUCCUGUUUUUAUUUGGCAAAUAACAAAACUGCAUCACAGACGACAUCUAGUGAGGAGUCUGAUUGGUCAAAUCGCUCUUUUAUGGUCAUGACGCCUGACAAAAAUCAACAUAAAGCUUCACUUAUAUACAGAAUAGUGCACUUUAUUUACCCUGCUCCACUUUCCUUUUACUUUCUAACAAUCUCACAGAACAACGUGUUACAGUCAUUCAAUAGAUGCCAAAAUUAAAGUAAAAACAAUCAAAUAAAAGAGGUAGUUUAAAGAGGUUUACUCAGGUUUUACUCCUCUGCACAGCUCAAAACUGAGACAUGAAAGUGUCAAAAUUAAAUUCAUUCAUGUCUCUAGAGGCUUGGUAGCAUAAUACAUGCAUAGCUAGUUUCCUAGCAUGCUAAUAUGCUAGUUAUCCAGAACAUUCUAGCCAGAAACAAUAGCUCUCCAAGCUAGCUGCCCUCCUCACUGGCAGUUAGCAAGCUUGUUAGCUUGGUUGCUAACUGGAGGAUAAAGUGAUGAUCGGAUCACGGAAUAAUAUAUGGAGCAGGGAGGUCACAAAUGUGGCUAAGCUAAACUUAGCUUGUUAGUUAACAAGCAACAAACAUUUGGUGGAGAGUAGUUAAAGAAGAGUAAUUUUUCUUACGAUCUGUUAGCGCUGCUGUUGCUGCCGCUGUAGUGGAGCUAACAUGUCAUUAGCUGCGACCGAAGGUCCUGAUUUUAACAAUGAGUUUGAUAGUUUGGGCGACAUGUUGAAGGACAUGCAGCCGCUGUCCUG